AUGGAUUCCAUAUUAAUAAGAUCGGCUAAUACCUAUUUGGCGAGACAUGGAAAUAAGGGUAUCGUUUCCAAAAUUUUGCCUAGACAGGAUAUGCCUUAUUUGCAAAAUGGAAGACCCGUUGAUAUGGUCUUCAACCCAUUAGGAGUUCCGUCAAGAAUGAAUGUAGGACAGAUAUUUGAAUGCUCACUCGGAUUAGCGGGGGAUAUGCUAGAUAGACAUUAUCGAAUAGCACCCUUUGAUGAGAGAUAUGAGCAAGAGGCUUCGAGAAAACUAGUAUUUUCUGAAUUAUAUGAAGCCAGUAAACAAACGUCGAAUCCGUGGAUAUUUGAACCCGAGUAUCCGGGCAAAAGCAGAAUAUUUGAUGGAAGAAUAGGGAAUCCUUUUGAACAGCCUGUUAUAAUAGGAAAGCCUUAUAUCUUGAAAUUAAUUCAUCAAGUUGAUGAUAAAAUACACGGACGUUCUUGUGGGUAUUAUGCACUUGUUACGCAACAACCCCUUAGAGGAAGGGCUAAACAAGGAGGACAGCGCGUAGGUGAGAUGAAGGUUUGGGCUCUCGAGGGAUUUGGUGUUGCUCAUAUUUUGCAAGAGAUGCUUACUUAUAAAUCUGACCAUAUUAAAGCUCGUCAAAUAAAGGCUUAUUACAUAAAAGUUUCAAACGUUUUUUUUCCUAGUAAAAUUUCCUUAAACAAUUUCCCUUUUUUUAUUGGUUCUAAACUAGAACCUCUACUGUAUAAUGUAGCCAACAGAAAAUGGCACAUGACUUCAGAUGUUAAAGAAGUAUCAGGGAAAUCCUAUGACUACAUCAUAGUUGGUGGAGGAACAUGUGGAUGUCCAUUGGCUGCAACACUGUCCCAAAAAUUCUCAGUUCUACUUAUAGAAAGAGGUGGUUCACCAUAUGGGAAUCCCUAUGUAACUGAAAGAAGGUUCUAUGGAUUUCCACUGAUUCAAACAGACAAAUACAUGUCAGUGGCACAGUUCUUCACAUCACAAGAUGGGGUUGCGAAUGUGAGAGGAAGAGUUCUUGGUGGUUCUUCAGCUAUAAAUGGAGGGUUUUACAGCAGGGCAAGUGAUGAGUUUGUUGGAAAAGCUGGUUGGGACAAGAAAAUGGUUAAGGAAGCUUAUGAGUGGGUUGAAUCCAAGGUUGUUUUCCCACCUUUUUUUCUUAGUCCUUGGCAAUCUGUGGCAGAGUUUAGCCUCCUUGAAUCUGGGGUUUUGCCGUACAAUGGGUAUAGUUUGGAACAUGUGAAGGGGACAAAGAUUUCUGGGAGUGUGUUUGAUGCAUUUGGAAAGAGGCAUACCUCUGCUGAUCUUUUAGAUGCUGGGAACCACAAGUCCCUCACUGUUCUUGUGAAUGCCACAGUCAAGAGCAUCAUAUUUGAUCACAAUGGAACCAAGAAUGAAACAAGAGCCAACGGCAUAAGGUUCAUCGAGAGCCAUGGCAGCUUGGAACAAACCCAUGAAGCAUACAUCAAGAAACACAAGAAUUCAAGAGGUGAUGUAAUAUUGGCAGCAGGUGCAUUAGGUAGCCCCCAAUUACUAUUGCUAAGUGGCAUAGGACCAAAAGAGCAACUCAAAAAGUUCAACAUUCCAUUAGUUCUUGACAUGAAAAAUGUUGGGAAAGGAAUGCAAGACAAUCCAUGCAUAGCAGUAUUGGUUGAUUCGAAGCCGCAGAACAGAAUACCUGAUCCACCACAAGUUGCUGGCAUAACAAGUGACUUAAAGAUUAUAAUUGAAGCAGCAAUAUUACCCUUGAGUUCUAAUUCAACAAGGGUCAAUGUUGCUGCAAAGAUAGCAUUCCCUUCCUCAAAAGGGUUUCUUGAACUGAGCAACACAGACCCAAGGUUGAACCCUACAGUGAGAUUCAACUAUCUAGCAAGUGAAGAUGACAUGGAAGAAUGUGUCAACAUGACUCAACUACUUAACAAGAUUGCAAGGUCGAAAUCCAUCGCGUUCUUCCUUGGCGAAUCGAGCCAGAACAAAUUGGCAUCCGCCGAAGAUGAUAUGAGGAAAUUCUGCAAGAAGAAUGUUAGAACGAUUUAUCACUAUCAUGGGGGUUCCCUUGUUGGAUCAGUGGUUGAUAAGGAUUAUAGAGUUUAUGGUGUGAAGGGUUUGAGGGUGUUGGAUGGGUCAACCUUUUCAGAGUCACCAGGGACAAACCCAAUGGCUACACUGCUUAUGCUUGGAAGAUACCAAGGGAUCAAGAUUCUCAGAGAAAGGUAAGGUAUCAAGUGAUUCAAAACAAAUUAUUAUUCUUGUUAACAUGUUUUGCAAAAAUCAAUGCGUGUAAACAAAUAAAGUCAGCAUAUAGGAGCCUAACAAAGUCUACUCUUCUUUUUCUGGGAAGUUUAAUGAAAAAAAAAAUGCACUUUGCAAAUCACAAUUUUACUUCUACAUUGUAGAGCGGUUGCUACUUGCUAAUUAGUAGAGCUAAAAGCCCUCCUAAUUUGAAAGAAUAUUUAGUACCUCAUCAUUAUGAAUGUGAAAUGAAAUUUUAAAUUAAGAGGAUUCAUAGGUUCAGAAUUCAACAGCAUAGUUACUAUUUCCACUUCAAAUUCAUUAAUUAACUUAAUCAUUUUAAAUAAAAAAUUGGAAAAACAUUAGUUGAUAAAACUCCACUGUCCACUGAGCUGAAAAGAAUUGGGUAAACAGAACCAGAAAAAUAAAAAAUCAGUGACUUAUUUAUUCCCACAAUGAUAUGAUACAAACAAUUUUGUGCCUCUGUAACCUGUACAUAAUUUUGACCAACACUGUAAAAACCCAACAAUCUCACCCGACCAAAAAA